AUGCCGUUCUCCCCCUCGACACCCGAGCCCAGGCGCGCCGCAGACACCUGCCCGGCUCCGCCCGGACCGGAGCGUCCUCCCGCGGCCAGGGCUCGGGCAGCUGCUUCCAGCCUGGGAGCGGCCUCGGCCUCCGGCAGAGCGCCCCGGGGCCUGGACAUGAGUGCCCAGGAGCCCCCGCAGGGUCGGAGAUUCCCCAUUGAGGCCGGAGACUCCCCUGGCCUUGCCGCCGUCCCAGAGUCCCAGGACAGCCCGGAGCCAGUAGCUACGGAGCACAACCCGGUCAGGCCGCUUCGACGCUGCCCGGGCUGCCACUGUCUGACGCUGCUGCACGUGCCCAUCGACGUCUACCUGGCCAUGGGCGGGAGCCCCCGGGCCCGCGCCACCUGA